AUGGAUCACAUCACUAGUGAUUGGAGUGAGCCAAGCCCAGCCGUUGCCUGUUGCAACGGUGCAGGGGGUCUUUCAGUCAGUCAGCGCUUUCUCGCUAUCGCUUUUGCAUUUAUCAGCUUUUGUCUGCUGUUCCUAUAUGCCUGGUCGCUGCUCGCGAGCUACUACCGCCCUUUUCGGAGAAUGUCGUUGGCCAUCCAGUCUGAUGUGUGCUCCCGAGCAAUAUCCGUCGUACAUUCCCUUAUUGUUGUACCCUCCUUGAUUAUUGGGGUUGCUGUUAUGAAGUGGGGAAGCUACUAUGAACCCCUUGGCGAUGUUUCAUUUCUUCAAGGUGUCUUAUGUAUUAGUCUCGGUUAUUUUCUCUACGACUCUGUCCUGCUUUUGAUUUACCAGCCGCCACAGUGGCUUGGCUUCCUCAUACACCAUAUUGUGGCGAGCAUUCCCUAUGGAAUUUACAUGUUUGUCAAUGCAUGUCCUUAUGGUCUGUUUAUCCUUGCCUGCUUCAUGCUGGUGGAGGCUACCAACCUACCUCUACAUGCGCGGGCUACAUUGGAAGAAAAUGGCAUGAGUAACACAAAGGCGUACGCCGCGGCACUAUAUACUACCUUUCUGGGGUGGAUCUUCUUCCGGCUCAUCAAUCCUACUGCACUCCUUAUUAUCAUUCACAAAUACAUUAUCCCGUGUCUCCCACCAAAUCGUACCUUGUGCCUUAUACCAGGCCUCGUGUGCGCCUACCUCAUUAAUGUAUUUUGCUACGCUGUAUUCGUGUUUAUAUUGUGCAAAGAGGUACUGCUCCGCUGGAGCUAUUCCCCACAAUUGGGAGAUGUGGCGCCUUCAGACUCUACGCGGCCGGUGGAUCUGAAUGUGAAGAAUAUGACAGAUGAUGAGCAGAACAUCGUAGGCGAGUGCCCAUCGCGCCUGCUUAUGUACGAAGCACAGGAAAGCUUGCGAGAGCAUAUAGAAAGGAGCGGCGUAAUGGAGCAUGUCAUGCCGGCUCGUACCACGAGCAAGGUUUCUGAGAAGCUGUAUCCGGUAUAG